GUCGAUUUUUUCACUUCCUUUUUCUUCCCACUUCAGUCUUUACGACUUUCACUUUCCACCACCCAUACAACUUUUACCUCUAGUAUCCUGUCAACUCUUCUAUUUGAAGAGUUCAGAUACUAGCUUCUACAAAACUCGCGAACUACCCCACAGGGCACGUUCGCUAAAAGUCUCUCACCCCACCAUCCAGAUCACAGCAACACGCUUGUGAUCACCACCUCAACAACCACCCAAUAUGUCGAACGAUAAGGGUUUGGAGGAUCUUCCCGAGGGAAUGAUCGAGUCCAACUACGAUGAGAUCACCGACUCCUUCGAUGCUAUGGACCUCAAGCCUGAGCUGCUCCGCGGUAUCUACGCCUACGGUUUCGAGCGCCCCUCUGCUAUCCAGCAGCGCGCCAUCAUGCCCAUCAUCAAGGGUAACGAUGUUAUCGCUCAGGCUCAGUCCGGUACCGGAAAGACCGCCACCUUCUCUAUCUCCGCCCUGCAGAAGAUCGACCCCGAGAUCAAGGGUUGCCAGGCUCUGAUCCUCGCCCCUACCCGUGAGUUGGCCCAGCAGAUCCAGAAGGUCGUUGUUGCCAUUGGUGACUUCAUGAACCUCACCUGCCACGCCUGUAUCGGUGGUACCCCCGUCCGUGAGGAUAUGACCGCUCUCCGUGACGGUCCCCAGGUCGUUGUCGGUACCCCCGGUCGUGUCCACGACAUGAUCCAGCGCCGUGUUCUCAACACCUCCACCAUGAAGCUCUUCAUUCUCGACGAGGCCGAUGAGAUGCUGUCCCGUGGUUUCACUGAGCAGAUCUACGACAUCUUCCAGCUCCUUCCCCAGUCCACCCAGGUCAACCUGCUGUCCGCUACCAUGCCCCAGGAUGUCCUUGAGGUCACCACCAAGUUCAUGCGUGACCCCAUCCGUAUCCUCGUCAAGAAGCAGGAGCUUACCCUUGAGGGUAUUAAGCAGUUCUACAUCGCUGUUGAGAAGGAGGACUGGAAGCUCGACACCCUGUCCGAUCUCUACGAGACCGUCACCAUCACCCAGGCCGUUAUCUUCUGCAACACCCGCCGAAAGGUCGACUGGCUCACCGACAAGCUCACUGCCCGUGACUUCACCGUCUCCGCCAUGCACGGUGACAUGGAGCAGGGCCAGCGUGAUGUUAUCAUGAAGGAGUUCCGUUCCGGUUCCUCCCGUGUCCUGAUCGCCACUGACCUUUUGGCCCGUGGUAUCGAUGUCCAGCAGGUUUCCCUGGUCAUCAACUACGAUCUCCCCGCCAACCGUGAGAACUACAUUCACCGUAUCGGUCGUGGUGGUCGUUUCGGUCGUAAGGGUGUUGCCAUCAACUUCGUCACCGCUGACGAUGUUCGCAUGCUCCGCGAGAUCGAGCAGUUCUACAGCACCCAGGUUGAGGAGAUGCCCAUGAACGUUGCUGACCUCAUCUAAACACCUUAACUCUUCCCCUUGAUGUCUUGAUGCGGAUUAUGAUCGCAGAACCUGCGUAAAAAGUGGCUUUCUGUGUUUGAAACAUUCCCGCUGCGCGGUGGCUCGAUGGAUUGGCUGGAGCCUAUCUAUAUGAAGACUUGAUGGACGCGGGCCGCCAUCGGCGCCACUGCUAUGGUUUCCUAUGUCCCCUGCAAUUAACGGAGAUGUGAUAUGCUCGUACUUUUUUUGCUAUCACGGCUUUCUUAUUUUUUCCGCAUUCUUCCUCCGUUUUCCCCUGUAUCUAGCUCGCUCAGGUUGGUUAAGAAUGUCUCUACUACCGUACUUAAUCAAUAGAUCGGGCCAAAAUGUGACUUGUUUCCUACGGAUAA